CAGCCAGGUAGAGCGGACCUUCUGGUGAUGCGUGAGCAUCAAAAUUCAAGUAAUGUUGUGCCUACAUUGUACUGUACAACGAAGAGCAUGAGUUUCUGGUCGGGCAUCAACCAUUCUCAAGGUGGAACUAUUAGCCGCGGACCUACUGAUUUGCAUGACCAAGUUAUUCUACAAUGUUUGUAUAGAGGUGGGUUAAACAGCCUCAUGGGUGAGUUGUGGCCUCUCCCCCAGGGCUAAAGCCAGCCCUCAGACUCAUUUAUUACAUUCUUUCUGUCAAGUAUUGUUUUACAGCUGCAUUGACGAUCACGCCCGGACAACUGCUCAUGCGGCUUGCUGCCAGCUCUGAAUCUACCUUCUGGGAAAGUCUCAAGGUCUCAGGCAGCCAUGUCCCCAGCCUCUGGAGAACGAAAGGUUCUUGACCGCCCCUUCAAUGGGCUGGAUAGGAAAGCCAGCCCAGCUUCCGCGGGCCGACGAAGCUGGAGGCUGGUUUCAGCGGCAGGAAGUGUGGCCUAGUGAGUGGAUACCUUCAUUUGAAGGGCCCGUCGUGCCUGUAUCUGCGCCAUUCACGCAGUUGCUAGAGUCCACAGAACAGCUUCUUGCCAGGAAACGGCCAAUUGCCCGAUCAGGGGAAAGGGUGGAGAUUCACGAUGAUGAAAGAUCGUCUGCCAGUGCUCUUCUUCCUCUUGAUCAACUGGAGUGGUCGGAUAUCCCGACCGGCGGCAGCUGUACAGUAUCUCGAUGUUGGGGGUCUGGUGCUUGUGCUCUAUUCGCAAUCGCCACAGUACAUCACAGUCCGUGGUUCGCAUUACAGUACUACUCUUGAUUGCUAUGUGCUCCCAGCUAGCUGUGGCCUGGAAGAGCGGCCCUGGGCGCCCUGGCGCAAUCCGCAUCAGUGCUGAAGUUAGUCCCAUGAAAGGCAUCAUGUGGGCAUUUCCCAUCACAACGCGAUCUUCUCACGCUUCGGAAUGCGACAGAUAUCAAAACGAGAGCAUUGUAUUACAGCUUCUGAAGUUCUGCACCACUGACCUCAAGCACUCACUGAGCAGAAUAGCAACGCAACGGCCGCGCUUGAGGUUGUUGAGAGGCCUAUAGACGCCUCUCUGUCCUAAACACGCUGAUGGUUCACUCACACCGAGCACCGCACCCCAAACAUUCUUCGAGGCGGUGCAUACACUAGAAGUGUCUUCUCAACUGAUCUGCUGCUCUCUGUGUGUGAUUAACGCAGCCAGCCUUUAGGUCUCGAUCUACUGUGGACGGCUUCACAAGAAGCUAAGCUCCUGCAGGAUUCGGUUGAUCUUCCUCCUUAUCCAUUGAUUUGCCAGACUUCCUCCCAGCAAGGUUCCGCCCAAAAAAUGUCUUCCUCGAGUCGAACGCUGUCACUGCUGCCGCGUAGUCCACGCAGCGAGCCCAUUAUAUUCUCACCAUCCACUUCAGUCCAUGUGAGGUUUCCAGUCAUCAUUCCUUACAAACCGAGAGUGGUCCCGGAGGCCACAUAGCUGUCAUGAGAUGGUUCCGGCACGCGGACAGACAGACAGACGUGUUCCUUCAAACCGAACGCCAAAGCUCAAACAGUGAAGAAACAAUUGAUUGUCUAAGGGUAUGUGCUGGUGAAGAUGUGAACGAGCAAAUAGCCAGCAACGGCGCGACGCCGGGCUCGCAACAAAAACAUAUACAUAUUACAUACCACUGCACUGGCGGCUGACCACCUGGCCCCCAGGCUGCUUUCAAUGAGAAAUGCAGCGGAUGGAAUGCAACCAAUGCAAUGCAGAAUUGAACACAACAUUGUUACUGUACUUGCCCCUCCCUUCCCCUUUUUGAAUCACGCCCCUCGAAAAUGGAACCAAGCCAGAAAAAAAAACAAGUUGAACAGGUUGGACCUGUAUUGACUGGCAGUGAGCGCUGUUAUUAUCAUCUCUGGUGAAGGAAAUAAAUACCGCGAGGCUCGAGCCUCCCAACGUCAACCUCAACUGUAGUGGAGAUAGAAUCACAAAUGCUAGUACGUCCGAGA